AUGCCGAGAAGCUCCUACAGAAGAUGCCAUCGCAAUGGGGGAAUGGCAGAUCGCAUUACGGCAAAUGACUUAGGCAAUGGGAAGUUCCUCAUCAACUUCUCUUCGGAAGAGGACCUCAGCUCUGUUCUUCGACGGAGCCCUUUUCACUUUAACUUCUGCAUGUUUGUGUUUGUAAGGUGGGAACCCAUCAUUCACGAUGAUUAUCCUUGGAUCAUCCCUUUCAAGGUUCAAGUGAUUGGUCUUCCUUUGCAUCUGUGGACGGAUAAAAAUCUCAGAAACACUGGGGCAAGACUAGGCAAUGUUCAUGUUGAAACGUUGGACGUAGCCGAGGGCCGUAUGCUCGUUGACGUGGAUUCUCAACGACCUCUUAAAUUCUUACGGAAAGUGGAGUCGAAGGAUGGGGAUGAGGUUACCAUAGAGAUAAAGUAUGAGAUGCUUUUUAAACACUGCUCUACGUGUGGCAUGCUUACACAUGAGAAGGAUCAUUGUCCUUCUGUCUCGGACAUGCGGUCUCGACUUCAACCGCAUACAGAGCGUCCUGGUAUCUUUACGAGGAUGCAGCUACCACAGGAAUAG